UCUAAAAGCAAUAAAAUAAAAAAAAAAUAUAUAGUUUCACGGAAAUCAGGGCUAUGAAAUCGAGUGCACGAUGCUGCUGAAGAAAAAACGCUUGAUGAGCGACCAGGGCGGCACCAUCGAAUUACUCGCCGUCCCUGCAGUCGAGUCUCAUCACUCGCCGUCCCGCAGUUCGAGCCGCAGCAACAACAACAAAAUGGCCGAUACACGCGAAGUGCGCAUUGAAGAGCAAUUAAAAGUGAAAAUUGGCGAGGCAAAGAAUCUGAGCAGCCGGAAUGCGGCCAACACAAGCUGCAGCACACAGGGCACACGCGAUGUCUACUGCACCAUCGCCCUCGACCAGGAGGAGAUCUGCCGCACACCCACCAUCGAGCGCACCCUCAACCCGUUCUUCGGCGAGGAGCACCAGUUCAAAAUUCCGCGUCGCUUCCGCUUCCUCUGCGUCUACGUGUGGGAUCGCGAUAUGAAGCAGGACAAGCCCAUUGGCAAGAUAGCGAUUAAGCGCGAGGAGCUCCACAUGUACAACAACAAGGAUCACUGGUUCUCACUGCGGCCGGUGGACUCCGACUCGGAGGUACAGGGCAUGGUCAACGUGGAGGUGACCUUCGAGGAGGCAUCGUCACAAGCACAGACGGAAGCCAUAGAACUGGGCCAGCACACACUGCCGCACAAUCAGCUGCACCACCACCAGCAGCGGGCGCACCUCAACGACUACAAGGAGAACAGCGAGCUGAGCAUCAUCCAGCGGUCCUCCACCGGAAACAGUGCAAACACUGGCCACCGUUCGGCGGGCACCACCCUCAAGACGAGAGCAGCCGGGCUCUUUGGACACGUGCAUCACCCGGCGCCGCAGACGCAACACUUCCAGCAGAUCCCCAACGCCACCACCACGUCCACGUCCACAGACCAGCUGGCGAACUGGAAGGCGUCACAGCCGAGGAUUGUCGGCGUGACCAUCCGAGUGCCGGCCUGCGUGGACCUGGCCAAGAAGCAGGGCACCUGCGAUCCGUUUGUAGUGUGCACAGCCCACUACAGCAACAAGCAGCAGGUCACCCGGAGCACGAAGCAGAGAAAGAAAACCGUGGACCCGGAGUUCGACGAGACCAUGUACUUCGAUCUCCAUAUCGACGCCGAGGCGGGCAGCACCAAUACAACGGGAAGCAAGAAGAGUACAAGCUCGCUGGAGUCGUCCGGCAACAAGGGGUACUCCAUCUAUCCCCUGGGAGGGGCAGAUCUGGUGGAAAUUGUGAUAAGCCUGUGGCACGACGCCCACGGCGCCAUGGCGGACAAAGUAUUCCUGGGGGAGGUGAGACUGCCGAUGCUCAACAAGCAGGAGCAGCAGGCAGUGCCCUCGUCGGCCUGGUACUAUCUCCAGCCCCGGUCCAUAACGCACAGCUGCCGCUCCCUGAACGCCACACCCAGAUCCUGCGCCACACCACCCGGCACGAGACUGAGUGUCGACUCCACGAUCGGAUCGCUGCGCCUGAACCUCAACUACACCGCCGAUCACGUCUUCCCGCUGGCCACGUACGACGAUCUGCUGAACCUGCUGCUGGAGUCUGUGGUCCAGCGACCCAUCACAGUGUCGGCGGUGUCGAUCCUUGGGGAACUGGUCUCUGGCAAGACGGAGGUGGCCCAGCCGCUGGUCCGUCUCUUCACGCACACGGAACACAUAGCCCCCAUCAUCAAGGCGCUGGCGGAUCACGAGAUCUCCCACCUCACAGAUCCCACGACGAUCUUUCGGGGCAACACCCUGGUGUCCAAGAUGAUGGACGAGGCCAUGCGGCUGUCUGGCUUGCAUUACCUCCACCAGACGCUGCGGCCGGUGCUCGCCCAGAUCGUGUCCGAGAAGAAGCCCUGCGAGAUCGAUCCCAGCAAGGUGAAGGAUCGCUCGGCAGUGGACACGAAUCUGCACAACCUGAAGGACUAUGUGGAGCGGGUGUUCGAGGCGAUUACCAAGAGUGCCAAUCGCUGCCCCAAGGUGCUGUGCCAGAUCUUCCACGAGCUGCGGGAGUGUGCGGGCGAGCGCUUCCCCAGCAAUCGGGAGGUGCGAUACUCUGUGGUCUCCGGAUUCAUCUUCCUGCGGUUCUUUGCGCCGGCCAUCCUGGGUCCCAAGCUCUUCGACCUAACCACCGAGCGACUGGAUGCGCAAACGAAUCGGACACUGACCCUGAUCUCCAAGACGAUCCAAUCGCUGGGCAACCUGGUCAGCUCCCGAUCAUCGCAACAGCCCUGCAAGGAGGAGUACACCGGCGAGCUGUACAAGAAGUUCUGUACGGAACAGCAUGUGGACGCUGUGAAGCAUUUCCUGGAGGUGAUCUCGACGCCGCCCAGCCAAACCACCAGUGGCGUUCAUCCAGCGGCGGCGGCCGCUCCCCUAAAACCAGUAUUACUUAAAGAGGGCGAGGGCCUGAUGACCAAGUACCCCACCAGCCCCAAGCGUUUCAGACGACAGUUCAAGCAGCGAUACUUCCGGCUAACCACCCACUCGCUCGGCUACGCCAAGUCGAAGGGCAAGCAACCCAUCUGUGAUAUACCGCUCCAGGAGAUUGUCAGCGUGGAGCAGCUGAAGGACAAGAGCUUCAAGAUGCAGAACUGUUUCAAGAUUGUGUGCAACGAUCGGUCCCUGAUCGUGCAGACCACGAACUGUGUGGAGGAGCGCGAGUGGUUCGACCUGCUGCAUAAAAUAUGUUUAAUGAACUCCGACCGGAUGCGGUACUUCCAUCCCUCGGCGUUCGUCGGUGGCUUCUACAGCUGCUGCAGCAGCUCCGACGAGAACUCGCCGGGCUGCAAGAAGGUCUCCGACAAGGAGAUGGACUACUUCCAGAUGGAUCUGGUGACGGCUUUGGAUCCACCGCUCGAUCUGCAGCGCAUCCACACGCUGAUCAUGUCCAACAUGAGCGUGCUGGAGUCGCUGCUGGAUCCGCUCACCUACCACCAGCACCUCCAGCAACCGCAGCACCAGCAGCAGCACAAUCCCCUAGUGCCGCUGGCCACCGAGCUGCAGAAGCACUCGCCGCAGGCCUUUGCCGAGUUCAAGCGCACCAUCGAGAAGCUGAGAGAGAAGGCGUAUGCCAUCGAUCGGGACCAUCGGGACUACAAACAGGGCAUCACCCGGCAGCUGAAGUACGGCAGCAAGCAGGUGCCCAUCGGGGACGACAACUACUGGCACAUGAUGCGAGCGGCGGGCCAGUUGAACCAGCAACACCACCAGCAGCAGCAACAGCAGCAACAACUGCAACAGUUCCAGCCGCAGCCAGUCCUGCCACAGAUGCAGAAUGUCCGAGCCUAUCCCUACCAAGCAGCCACCAGCAACAUGAACGCCUACUAUCACCACAACCUGCAGCACCAGCAACAGAGGCUGCAGCAACAGCAGCUGCAGCUACAGCACCAACAGCAACCGUCACAGUUCCAGCCACUACGAAGCCACCAGCUGCAGCGCCACAACAACAACCUGAACAACAACAACAACUGCGGAAACGUCUCGUCGUCGAGUCCAUCGUCGACCACCUCCAGUGUGGUGGCUGCACCGCCAAGCAGCACCUCGUCGUCGCAACCGGCCCAGCCGAUUUAUUAGCGUCCAAGGCUAUGCGUAUUCGCCCUGCCGCGGGCCAUCAUCACGACCAGGUGAAGGUGAAGGUGCAGGAAUAC